GCCCUCAAUGGACGUUGUGGAAAGAAUUCAUCAGUUUUUGGCACUCGUGGAGCAGUCUGCAGUCAAGUAUGAUCCAAGAUACGUGUUGAAGGUGUUUCGUGAGCUUACUCCCGUGAGGAAAGAGCUAGACGCUGGAUCGUUGAUCAAAGUUGUCAAGGAGACAUUCCCAAGCUCUCAUCCUCACUACGAAUAUCUCAUUCAGGUUUUGUCUGAUUUUGAGGAUGUCGAAAUGGUUGAGGAAGACGUUGCGGAAGCUCCAAGACCAGAGAUCGACUUGUUCAUUCAUCUGUUGGUGCAAAUCUUCCUCCACGACAAGCAGGACUUCAAUAGGUUGGAACUAUUUAACGAGAAAUGCAUCAUUGCACUUGCUAGCCACAAUGAGAGAACCCUUGAUCACAUCUCUGCGAAAAUGUGGUUCUACAUUUUCAGAUCCAAAGAAGUUCUCAAAGAUACAGUCUCAAUCCGUCCUGCACUGCAGUCUGCCUUGAGAACCUCUACUUUGAGAUACGACAACGAGACCCGAGCUGUUACAAUCACCUUGCUUUUGAGAUCAUAUCUUCUUUCAAAUGACAUUAAUCAAGCAUACAACCUUGUCGAAAAGACCGAGUUUCCGGAAGAUGUGUCCAACUCUGUCGUUGCCAGAUACUACUACUACUUGGCCAGAAUCCAGACAAUUCAGCUGGACUACUCUGCCGCAGGUGAAUGCGCCAUUACCGCUAUCAGAAAGUGUCCACAGACAAAAUCUGCUCUUGGAUUUUUGCAAGCAGCAACCAAACUCAAUAUUCUGAUCCAGUUACUGACGGGUGAGAUCCCAGAGCUAUCAACGUUUCGCGAUCUUUCUCUCGAGAAGAGCCUCAUCCCAUACCUCGCUGUGACCAGGGCUGUGAGAUUGGGCGACUUGAACCUUUUCAGCGAAGCCCUGAGCAAGUUUGGCUCUGCACUUAAGAAGGAUGACAAUUACAACCUUGUGUUGCGCUUGAGGCAGAAUGUGAUUAAGACAGGUAUUAGAAUUAUUUCGUUGUCUUACAAGAAGAUUUCUCUCAAAGACAUCUGCAUCAAGCUGCAUCUUGAUAGCGAACUUAGUGCUGAAUACAUUGUUGCAAAAGCUAUUAAGGAUGGAGUCGUUGAUGCCACGAUUGACCACAAGGAUGGGUACAUGCAAUCAAAUGAGAUGCUGAACAUUUAUUCGACCAAGGCACCGCAGGAAGAAUUUGACAGAAGAAUUAAGUUCUGCAUGUCUUUGCAUAAUGACUGUGUGCGGGCCAUGCGUUAUCCGAUGAACACCAAUAGAAGCGAAGUGAAAACGGAUGUGGAUUCGAAAGAACGUGAACAGGAGUUACUACAGUACUUACAAGAGGACGAUUUCUUCUAAACAAGCUCUAGCACGAUAUUCAGGAAAGUUCCGAUAACCCACACGGAAACCAUGAAAAUUCCAGCGUCCCUUGUGAAUCUCCAUCCCUUGUAUGGAAUGUAAAUGAGCAUAAACACGAGGUUGACGAGGAUCCAGAGACAAGUCAAGUACAAGCUGGGUUUCAUGUUGACGUCGACUUCGCCAAUGAUCUUCCCAUUGACACCAAUCCCAAGGAGUAAAUUCAGCAAGGGGCCUCCAAAGCAUGCUGCCAGUGCCAUCAAGGGAUAGCCGACAUUGGCUAUGACAAGGUUAGAGAUCAGGUCUCCGACAGAGUUUCCUAUUGCGAAAAUAGUCAACCCCAUUAUUGCGUCAGAAAGCUGUGUCAGUACACUGAUGAACUUGAGCACGUUGAUCAGUUCGUCCGCAAUGAAUGCUAUGUAUGCAAUGGCUGUAAUAAAUCCUAUAAUACAGAUGGAAAGCUUGACCAAAUUGGAUUGUGAGUUAGCCCUGGUGACGUUAUAGUAAACGCCAGCAACAGUUAAGGUAGUGAGGACUAAAAAGAUGGCGUACGUGCCCCAUGAAGCAUUUUCAGCGAACGAAUAAAUGAUGAUAAAUUGUGCACAUGACAAAGAGCACAAAAGCUCCAUUAGUCUGGUAAAUGACGGUUUGACUGUCUGGUUGAAGUCCGACAGUGACAUCAUUGGGAUCGUAUACUUUAGUAGGAGAACCAGUGGGUAUGAAAUGUAGCCAAAGAUGGUUUUCAGUGGUUUUGAUGAAUACUCGGGCUCCUCCUCCAGAUUAAUUUCGUGCUCCAGCAGCCUUGAUUCGUAGUUUUGCGCGUCGUUUACAAGCCGUGAGAUGUUGACGGGCACCGACUGAUUUUCGCUUAGCAUCUCCAGAACAUUUCCAAACUCAAUGCUGUUAAGGAUUCUUGGAUUGAAGGUAUAAGAGUCUUCAAAUUCCAAAUUGUCUCCAUCCAUCGUGAUAAAUGCUUCAUCGUUGUAUAAGUUUCUGAUCUGAUAGUCCUGGACAAGCUCUCGCCUUUUCUUUGUAAUCAGAUAUUGCCAAAUGAGCACCACAAGCACAUAGAAGAUAUAUAUGGCAACGAGGAUGUUCAGCUUUGUUUUCGAUAAAUGUCCAUUCGAUAAGAAAGCAAGUAGCGUGGUAAUUGAAAGCAGGAAAAAUAGUAAAUCACGUAAAUACACGAAUUUGGCACUCGAUAUUAGUAGGUUGUUCGAAACCUGAUCCGCAACCGAGACUUGAGGAAGAAUUUCAAAUGGCAUUGUAAUCGUUAUAACUCCGAUAAUAAAACCGGUGAUGAAGAAUGCAGAUCCAAUAAGUUCACCAAUAGCCAGAGACGCAUUUGCGGUUUGGAAAGAGCUGUAGGUGCUCAGAAUGUCUGGGGAUCCAUUUCCGAAGGCCAGCAGAGUCAGCCCAGAUAUAUUCUCCGGGAUAGUGAGAUAAUUGGAAAUAACGGAAAGGUUAGGACAGAGAAAUUCGCCAGCAGUAAUGCCCAAAAACACAAACAAAUAAAACAAUAUAGCGAAGAUGAAAGGAAGAACGAUCCAGUCUCUUAUGGCCGUUGAAGAGCUGGUGCAGUAGUAGAGGUAGAAAUAAUUGAUUUGUCCUACCUGGUGAUCGGCGCAGUUUUGUAAAGCGUAGUUGCAUUGUUCAUAAUUUGGCAAUGAAUGUACAAGGUGGCAGGUAGAAUUUGCGGUGCUGGCGCCUGCCAGCGAUGUCAGGGCCAAAAUGGUGCUGACCGCUAAAACUCG